GCAACAUCGGCAUACAACUUUGGGAGGACGUUACUAUUAACAGCGAUGAAGACUUCGAUGACACAGGGAUUAUACACGAAGUCACAAAAGUUGUAAACGCGUUUAAAUCCCAAAAAGGAGACUG